GUGGCGAGCGGAACACUGGCUAGGCUAUAUCAUCUUUGCGAUAGUUACGCCGCGCUGCACGUUGCUAGUUAGUUGCAAUGUUGUAGCUAUUAGCACGAUCGCCAGUCCUUCGCUGGGAGGGAGACCCGACGAUUAGUUUGACAAACCUACGGAGUUAACGUUAAUUAUUGGCCAUUUGUAUUCCAACCAGCAACUACAGGUCAACACUCUGCUAGCCAGUUUGUGUUCUUGUCUGUCUCUUAGCCCGCUAGCAUACCAGCUAGCUAGCCGUUAGCGUUGUAUAGUCUAACGUUAUUUCCUCAGUGCGAACCGUUUCCUGCCCAACUGAAGGACCAUGGCGAUGAGACAGACUCCACUCACCUGCUCUGGUCACACCCGGCCUGUGGUGGACCUGGCCUUUAGUGGAAUCACUCCCUAUGGCUACUUCCUCAUCAGCGCCUGCAAGGAUGGCAAGCCCAUGUUGCGCCAGGGAGACACAGGGGACUGGAUAGGAACGUUUCUGGGUCACAAAGGUGCGGUCUGGGGAGCCACUCUCAACACAGACGCCACGAAGGCAGCCACCGCUGCAGCUGACUUCACAGCAAAGGUGUGGGAUGCAGUGAGUGGAGACGAGGUCCUCACACUGGCACACAAACACAUCGUCAAGACUGUCAACUUUACUCAGGACAGCAACUGUCUGCUGACUGGAGGAAAUGACAAGCUGUUGCGCAUCUAUGAUCUCAGCAACCCUGAAGCAGCACCUCAGGAGAUUGCAGGUCACACCUCAGCUAUAAAGAAAGCCUUGUGGUGUAACAACGACAAGCAGAUCCUCUCUGCUGCAGAUGACAAAACCAUACGGCUGUGGGACAGGAGCUCCAUGGAGGAGGUGAAGAAGUUGGUGUUCGACACGUCUGUGAGCAGCAUGGAGUAUGUGGCUGAUGGAGAGAGUCUUGUUAUAACAUAUGGAAAGACAAUCGCUUUCUAUGACGCUCUGAGCCUGGACCUGAUCAAGGCAGUGGACGCCCCUGCUCCCAUCAACUCGGCCUCCCUCCACCCAGAGAAGGACUUCUUUGUUGCUGGGGGAGAUGACUUCAAACUCUACAAAUUUGACUACAGCACCAAGGAAGAGCUGGAGUCCUAUAAGGGUCACUUUGGUCCAGUACACUGUGUUCGCUUCAGUCCAGAUGGUGAGCUCUAUGCCAGUGGCUCUGAGGACGGCACGCUCCGACUGUGGCAGACUGCUGUGGGGAAAACCUACGGCCUGUGGAAGUGUGUCCUUCCUGAGGACCUGGGGGCAGAGAACUCUGAGCAGCUGUACACCUCGACCCCUGAGAUUAAAGCCUGAGGAGAAAGAGGUGCCGGAAACAGGUUGAGAAGAGAAAGUAAGAAGGAAAGAAGAUGAGUGGAGGGUUCCAGUGUUCUAUCAGGCCCCAGCAAGGAGCAUCUUUCUACCAUCUAUCAGAAACUGAUGUGGAUAUUAUGACUACCUUGUCUGUCAUGGACCAACCCAUCACACAUACACACACUGAUUUUAUGCAAUCAUAUGGACAGUAUUGGCUACAGAGUAAAGCAGUAGAGCUGUGAGUGUCUGCUCAUCGCUGCCUGCUUUCUCUCUGAUCAUCCCAGUUCUGUCUGUUGCUCAACCCCCCCCCCCCCCCCCCCCGGAACAGUUUUGGUUUCAAAAAAGGUUUUUGUCAGUUCAAAUUUACAAGAAUACUGGAGGUAGUUGCACAGUUUGUUCUUAGUUAAGGCGCUUUCAUUUCUUCAAAAACAGCUUGAGUAUGCGCUGCUGUUGUACUGGUUGAGUAUAUAAAGUUAAAUGUCCAAAUUAAAGAAAAUGUUUUGGGAUGAAGAGGAAGGGGAAGAAAUGUCACUGGGGUUUUUCCUUGGUUUCUGUCUUCAUUUAUGUCCAGUGAUAAAAUAAACAAUUGCAUUCUGUUUUAUUUUUAAAAUGCAAAAAGAGCAAA